GACUCGUGCCCCAGAGCUCGUUUCGCCCUGCAGCAGCCAUGGUGCUUCGCUGUUGCUGCGGUAGGCGGAACUGCCUGCCGGACACCAUUUGUGGCACAGAUGUGUCAGAUUUGUUUGCGUAUAGCACCACCAAGUACAUCAAGAUCCGUGAUGCCAGACUUGGGCUGUUGCACUACACGCUGAUGUUUUUCAUCGUCGUGUACAUCCUGGUGUACCAGCUCAUUGGGCAAUUAGGCUAUUUGAAGUUCAACGAUGCUCAGAACUCGGUGCGUCUCACGUUGCAAGAGCCUACGCUGGACUCUUGCAACCCCAACGACGCAGAUUGCAAGGAUGCCUUCCCUCCGCUCAGCCAGCUGCCCUACUGCUGCGCGCAGAACUCCAGCUGUAAGGCCAAUGCGGACGGCUCUUGCUCGUGUGACUACCGCCCAAGCUUCAAGGACUAUAACUGCACCUUGCUCAGUGGCACGGAUGCUUCUGUUAUUCAAGAAAGCUCGAUCAUCGUGGGUACUUUCACCCAUGAGUACAUUCAGACUUUGAACUCGAGCUGCUUCUCCACAUACCCUUCUGCUUUGGAUAGCUGUGACGACCUUUGGCUGAUGAGCGAGCAGGCGCAAGUCUUCACGGCCGGAGUUGAGGACUACACGGUUCUCAUCGAUCACUCGGUGACUUCGCCGAAAUCUGGCUUAGCCAUGAGCUCUCGGACGCUACAGGGCACUUUGUUCGUGGGCCCAAACGGAAAUGACGAUGAUGCGGCCAAGGCGAUCAAGGACGCUGUUUGCAGCCUCCCCGGCGCCAAGACUGCACCCGAUGGUGGCAGUACCACAGAUCGAUCUCCGUGCUAUCUGCGGCCCAGCUCGGUGGCGGGCCUUGACUUCUUCCCCGUGGGCACGCUGUUGAAGGCUGCAGGGGUCUCCCUGGAGAGCGAGAGCUACCCAGGCAGCGGCCACUCUGCAAGGUACGAUGGCAUUUGCAUCAACCUGAUCAUUGACUACAGCAACUCGAAGGCUUGGCAUGGGCUGCAGACCAACAUCAGUUACGUGUACAAGCCGGCUGUGAUACCGCAGAGCACCUUCAAGACGACGGUGCUGUCGCCGCUGUCAACAGAUGGCCACAAGAUGCUGAAGAAGGAUAUGCAUGGUAUCUUCUUCAACGUGCAGCCGGGGGGCCAGCUGGCGGUGUUCGACUUCACGCAGCUGCUGCUGCAGCUGACCACUAGCCUCACACUGCUGGCCAUGGCCACUGUGGGGGUGAACAUUCUGGCGCAGUAUGUGCUGAGAUAUCGACACUACUACUCAGAGGCACUCUACGAUCGCACCGCAGACUUUGAUAACAUCACAUUCCUGGAGCGCCAGUCUGAUGACUGCCUGCGGCAGGAGCUGCAGGAGCGGAACCUGCCGCAGACUGGGACUCGCGAGCGCAUGAUCCUCCGUCUCAUGGACUACGGGUACCGCCCGUCCAGCAACCGUUCCUGCACACCGACAACCAGCUUCACUCGGGCUGAAGCUUCCGCUUGAAGGGCUGCAAGGGAACUGGCUGGCAUUGGUGACGCUCAAGGACACCUGCACACUGGAGACCCGGUUCUAGGGUGCAUCCAGUGAGUGCGUCUGCCACUUGGCCUUUCUUUGCUGCAUAGCGAGAGUGGCAUUCGCAGAUUUGCAUCCGGUUUACCUGGGCAAAUGUGCUCAGAGGUCCUCCUGGUACAGGCCUGAGCAGAUGUGCUGCAUGGGCGGUCUGCGUGGCACUUUUUGCAGACUUUUGCCUUGCAAGGGCUCAAUUUUCAGCGGGGCCGCUUCCUUUGACACCCCGAGCCUUGAACGGGACUCUCUAAUGGAGGCUUGUCCAGGGGGCUCUUGGGGGCUCUUGGGGGCUCUU